AAAAACAACAAAGCAAUUAGCCUUUCAUAGCGCCGGCUGUAUUCGAGAUACAGCGGUAUAUACAUAUGUAGGCUAUAUAAGUUAGAAUAAAAACACAUCCAUAUCAGCUCAAGAACGGAAGGCCUCAAUUUCCAGACUCCGCACGGUGAUAAAUCCUAUUUCAAGUGUACGCCGUAUUAAACGGCCAGUGGAAAUCUGAUUCGUAGCUAAUCAGGCUACUUAAGUAUUGGCACCUUAUGUUAUACUUAGCCCAGUCGGCUGGACCCCAAGGCUUAUCAGUAACCGAGAAAUGAUAGAGAUAUUGAACACUAUAUUAUGACAGUCUAAGUCAACACCAGUUUAAACCGGACUCGAAAGUAUUUACGGCGCACUUGGGGCUUUGGGGAUUUUACUAUGAACAUACACAAUGUACAAUGUACAUGUGUAUAUUUUUGGGAGCUUAUCUGGGUACUCUGCUAGACUAGGACAAUCUAUCUAUAAGCUGCUUUAACUUUCUGUUGCUGUAUUGAUGCGCUUAUCAUGUUAGUUGGCGACAAAGUUCAGAUUUCUAGCUAACCAGAAAAUCCAGAUUUUUUUCCGAGCCAUAUGUACAUAAAUCUGUAUGUAUAUAUGUACGUUUGUAUAUUGUUAUUAAUUAUGGUGAAAGUAUAACAAUUUGAACUGUCUCAAUCCUAGUGUCAAUGGAAAAUAUAAUAUGCUGCGAUGCUGCUGCUGUUUGGGGCAACUGUACUUGUUAUAAGCUAAGCCAAAGACAAUCAGUCAAUCUCCAGACAGUGUGAUUCACAUUUACUUCCAGUUACUGAUAAGUGAACUCAGCACCCAGCAGAGUUGGGGCGCCUUAUACUAGCUCGACUGCUUUAACCUUCGCCUCAAUUACAAAAUAUGUACAUACAUAUGUAUAUGUAGUAUAUACAAACAAAAAGGUAAACAGUGAGACGAAAACGUUUCAAUGGACACAUUGAUAAGGCAGCGACCGUCAUCCUCGUUUGCGAAUUCCGGCGUAGCACGAUAAACGACAGCUGUUGCCGUGGCUGAGGCUAGGCACAUAUGUAGUAUAUGCACUGAAAGAAAAGCGACUUUACAAAACAAAACGUUCUGAACACAAUUUAACUCAGCUGCCUAAUCUUAAAACGAUAUUUCUCUGAGUGUUUCUACAUUUGUACUUGUUUGUUUGUGCUACGCUCAGUUUGGGUCUUCGGUACGAAGUGCACUACGAAUGAUGUGACAAGCGAUAGCCGUUAGACCCCACCGAAGAGCUUUCGUGCACAAUCAUGCAUAACAUGGCGACUGAUAAGCUGUUCACGUUACCCAUACCUCCACUCCUUUUUACGUAGUCUAUGGCAGCACGCCUCCCUCUUUUGUUUUAUUUCUAUGACACUAACUUGGCCUAAUGGCGUUCACUUGUCCGUAGCUCGCCGUCGUUCCCCUCCCUGAGACCUGUCUGUCUGUUUUGCUGAUAAGGCUGUUCCUUAUCGCGCAUAAACUUUUAAUAUUACACGAAUGUCUGCAGGCGCUCUGAUCAUUCGUUUGCCAAACUCUCAGCUGCACACAAUUCACACACCCGCUUAUAAAAAAAAAACACAAUAAUAAUAAUAAAAUAAGUUAUUUAUAUAAUGGAGAUUUUAGUACAAGCCCCAAUAUUUUGCUCCAGCAGCGAUUACGGCUAUUAUACUCCGUACAAAACGCCGCCGUAUUUGGCGUUACGGGAGCCGCAUUUUCUUAGAUUUUCCAAUCCACCAACGCUGCCUCCAACAGACUCUACAUACCGUACACAAUCAGUGAUUAUGAAAUGCAGCAAAAGUUCUACUGAAUCCGGAAGCGAACAUAGCAGCAGUAGCGAAGCUGACUUUACCUGCAAUUGGCAAGAAUGCGGAAGCAGCUGCUUUGAAUCCUUAGAAUCUUUGGCUCAGCAUGUUACAUUGCGUCAUGCAGUGGCCUCCUUGUUGGACGGUCUCUACUAUUGCCGCUGGCAUGGCUGUCAGCGCAGCGAACGUGGGUUUAAUGCGCGCUACAAGAUGCUCGUCCAUGUACGCACGCACACCAAGGAGAAGCCACACUGCUGCCAUCUCUGCGACAAGUCUUUUUCACGUGCCGAGAACUUAAAGAUCCACAUACGCUCGCAUUCAGGAGAGAAACCUUACAAGUGUCACUACGUGGGCUGCCAAAAGGCCUACUCCAACUCAUCCGAUCGCUUCAAGCACACUCGCACGCACUCCAUGGAGAAACCUUAUUCUUGCAAGGUGGCCGGUUGUCAGAAGCGUUACACAGAUCCCUCCUCGUUGCGUAAACAUGUGAAGACCUUCAAGCACAGCAUACAGCUCAUAGACAGCCAGAGUUCCGCCGAGUCCAAGGAUUCGUCCUAUAAUUGUCAUGUGCCAGCUGCUCCUGCCUCGCCCAGCAAUUGCUACUACCUGGAACUGACUGAUAGCGAGCAUGUCGUUACCGCUGGCGAUUAUCACAGCUCGGAGUAUUGGCUGAAAUCGGCUCGUUAUCUGCAUAGCGAAGAGUUUGCACUGGAAGUAGAAAUGGACACGCCCACUCCUACGCCGCUAGACUUGCGUGUGCACAAAAGCUAAAUGACAAGUUGUUUACGGCGUACUC